AUGACAAAGCUACCUCAUUUCAAAUUGAUCAUCUUCUUCUAUUUUUCAUUGUCUUAUUCAUUCACACAAAACUUCAAAUUUAUGUCGACAAAACAAGCUGAUCAAUGUGAUGGAAUUGAAUGUAAAACAUAUGAUAAAUUCUCAUUUAAAAGUAAUUACUUGGAUUGUUCAAAUGAUCCAGGAACAACUCUAUUUGAUGAAUUGACAUUUGAUUUAAUUCUUCCGCCACGAGCAUUUAUUACAUCACAAGAACUUUUAAUGAAUGUUUCAACAUAUUAUGAUGUAUAUAGUCCACCAACUAAAUUUGCGUUAUUAAUUAAUAAUAAUCCAACACAAUUCACUAUAUCAGCAGAAACCUGGAAUGACCAAUGUGAAUCAUGUGUGAUAAAGAAGACAUUUAUUCUUUCACCAUUUGGAAACACUUUUAUUAAUGGAACUAACUCAAUGAAACUGACUGGGUAUUCUAAUCUUGUUUGUGUAAGUGAAAUAGAAAUUACCAUAGUAUAUCGUAUUCUUUAUCCAAUAAUUACCCGUAUAAUUCCUAGCUUAGGCCCCAUUGAAGGAGGAACAAAUGUUUCAAUUAUAAGUAAGUUAAUGUAUCCAGAGUAUCGUUAUUUGUGUUGUUUUGAUGAAGAAUGUAGUCCAAUGUUACCAGCAAAAGAAGAAGUAGGAACAUGCCUAUCACCAGAAGGAUUAAAGAAAGGAGAUUCAUUUAUUUCAGUGAGAUUUCGGGAUUUUGGAAUUGAUGAACAGUACCUUGUAAAUAAAGAUAUUGUGUUUACAUAUUACAAUAUUACAUUAGUAAAUGCAUCAAUUAUAGAAAAUGUUGGAAGAUAUUAUUUAAUGGUUGGAUGUGAAGGAAUGGUAACAACAGAAGGUGCGUUAUGUAAAAUUACUGACAAAGAGAAUUCAUUAAAUUCAACAAUUUUAAAAGGAAAAGUCCAAGGUGGAAAUGUGAUUUGUAUUUUCCCUGAAACAUUUAAUAUUGAAGAAGAAGAAGGAAAAAUAUAUUUAAUAACAAUUUCUAUUAAUCUCAUUGAUUAUUGCAAACAACAACUUGAAUUUGUUAUUCAUGAUGAUUCACCUCAUGAAUCACGUAGUUAUUUAACUGUAGUAGUUGUUGUUAUCUUUGGAGUGUUAUUAGUUGGAGUUGUUAUAGGAUUUUUAAUAUUUAAUAAAGCAAAAAAGAAAACUGAAGAUGGAGAAUAUAUUAACCCAGAUGAAGUUGUAUUAGAAGAAAUUAUGGGAUCAGGAAGUUAUGGAGAUGUUUAUUCUGCAUUAUGGAGAGGACAAGAAAUUGCAGUUAAAUUAAUUCCAACAAAAAAUAUGUUACAAGACAGUGUUCUACAAUUUACUAAAGAAGUCCAGUUAAUGAAAAAAUUAAGACAUCCGUGUGUACUUCAAUUCUUUGGAAGUGGGACAGAUGCUAAUUUUAUUCUUAUUGCUAUGGAACUUAUGAGAAGAGGGUCAGCACAUACACUUUUAAUGAACAAAACUCUUCCAAUAAAUUGGGAAAGAAGAUUAAAAAUGUUAAAAGAUGCAGCAAGUGGAAUGUUUUAUCUUCACUCGUUAACACCACCAAUUAUUCAUUUAGAUUUAAAGUCUCAUAACUUAUUAGUUGAUGAUAAUUGGAAAGUAAAAGUAAGUGAUUUUGGAUUAAGUAUGACAUCAAUAGAAGGUCUUCAUUCAAACUCUGUUUGUGGAACAUUAGCCUGGACAGCUCCAGAAAUGCUUAAAGGAAAACCUGUUAGUACAAAAGCUGAUGUAUAUAGUUAUGCAAUUGUUAUGUGGGAAUUCUUAGCUCGAGCUGACCCUUAUCCUGAUAUUCCAAGAUUCCAUUUAAUUGAAAAAGUAGGAGAAAUUGGAAUUAGACCUGACAUCCCUCAAAAUAACCAUAUAGCAUACUGUGAACUUAUGCAAAGAUGUUGGGAAACUCGUCCUGAAGAUAGACCUGAUUUUUCUGAGAUAUUGGUUUGUUUAGAUGAAUUUAUUAAAGAAGAAACAAAUAAAAAUCUUAUUUCAGAAACUCCUUCCCUUUAUGAAGAGGAUGAAGAGUAA